GCUAAUGAGAUUUGAAUGUCUAACAUUGAUGUACCUACAGCUCCAUCCAAAAAAAAAAGGUGGACGGGGACUAGCUAGAAGCACAGAAUUUGACCGCAUUCUCAAAUUUGGCAAAAUAGCAGUGGAAAUUAAGGAUGGCCAAAUAGGAGUAUCAUGUCAAAAUUUGACGAUGCUUUCAACAAGCGUGACCUGGAUUGUGAAAUUUUAUGUAGACAUGCGACAUGCAAGCUGGAGUCAUGUUGAUAAACAGAACAAGGAUGAGCUAAUGGAUCAUGUCCAAGCUGAUUUUGUAUUAGAUUGGACCAAAAGCAACCUUCAAGAGACAGUGGCAAUGGCAAUUGCUCAAAAAUAUAAUGAUUUUCACUACCUACUGCACAGCAAGUACCUGGAGUGUGAUACACAUUAAGCUACAAUUUCUAGAGGGAC